AUGAAUGUGUUUUAUGAACAUGUUUCGGCCCGUGCAGCGAGUGGCGUUAGAGACUUUUGUUGUAAACUGUCGUGAAGCAGGAAGUGGAGCAGCGAGUAUUGAUGUGCACAUGCGCAGUAGCCACAGCUGUCUCGCUCCUAGCAUUACCCGGUGUUCUAGUCUCCGGUAGAGUCUCCGGUAUGGACGCGUGGAGAUGUUCGGCUGUUUUGAGGAGAAUGUGCUGCAGGAGAAGCGGCGCGCACAGAGGCGUGUGCACGAGACAGCCCGCGCCCGCGCCGCGCGUCCGCUUCGCUCCGAGCCCCACGGGGUUUCUGCAUCUCGGAGGACUGCGCACGGCUCUCUAUAACUAUCUGCUCGCCAAGCAGCGCGGAGGCGCCUUCAUCCUGCGGCUGGAGGACACUGACCGGAGCCGCCUGACCCCCGGAGCCGCGGACGAUAUAGAGGACAUGCUGGAGUGGACAGGUAUCCCGCCGGACGAGAGCCGCCGCAGAGGAGGGGAUUAUGGGCCGUAUGUUCAGUCCGAGCGUCUGCAUCUCUACUCUCAGGCAGCAUCAGCUCUGCUGGAGACGGGACACGCCUACUACUGCUUCUGCUCCAAUCAGAGGCUGGAUCUGCUGAAGAGGGCAGCGCAGCGCAGCGGACUCGUGCCGCGGUAUGAUAACCGCUGUCGAGAGCUGCGUCCGGAGCAGGUGCAGCAGAAGCGGUCUGAGGGCGUCCCGUGUGUGAUCCGCUUCAGGCUGGACCCUGGCGCCGAGCCCUUCAGGGACCUGGUGUUCGGCUGGACGCGGCACGAUCCGGCAGCGGAGGGCGAUCCGGUGAUCCUGAAGGCCGACGGCUUCCCCACCUAUCACCUGGCCAGCGUGGUGGACGAUCACGCUAUGCGGGUCAGUCACGUGCUGCGCGGCUCCGAGUGGCUGAUCUCCACCGCUAAACACCUGCAGCUGUUCCGCGCGCUGCGCUGGACGCCGCCAGCCUACGCUCACCUGCCGCUGCUCCUCAACCGCGACGGCUCCAAGCUGUCCAAGAGACAGGGAGACAUCUGCGUCCAGCGCUUCCGCGAGCAGGGCGUGCUGCCCGAGACCCUGCUGGACAUCGUCACUCACGCCGGAUCCGGCUUCAGCGAUAAUCGGAUCGGUCGGCGUCUGGAUGAAUUAGUUGCUGAAUUUAACGUUGCCAAGAUCACGACGCACUCGGCCCUGCUGGAUCUGGACAAACUAGACGAGUUCAACAGGGUUCAUCUCCAGCGCAGGAUCGAGGACGAGCAGAAGUGCGCCGUGCUGCGGGAUGAGCUGCGUCGGCAGGUUCUUCACACACACGGCUCUGAGAUCAGCGACCGCACCGUCCUGGAGCCGCACUACAUACACAGAGUCCUGCAGCUGCGCAAGGGUCACGUCUGCUCGCUGCGGGAGCUGCUGGAUCACACACAUGCGUUCCUGUGGAUCCGGCCGCGAGUCACACGGCAGCAGCUGCUGGAAGUGAGCGCAGAGGCAGAAAGCAUCGCAGCGGCGGUCGUGCAGCUGGUGGCGUCCGGCGGCUCGUUCCAGUCCACAGAGCGUCUGAACGCUGAGUUCAAACUGAUCACCAGCCGACUGAAGCACACCAAAUACAGCGGAGCGAUGAGAGUGCUGAGACUCGCUCUGAGCGCACAACAGGGUCCCAGUGUGGCGGAGAUGAUGCUGUCUCUGGGAGAACAGGAGGUGUGUGUUCGUCUUCAGAAGGCUCUGGAGCACUAACUGGAACAAACUUGAUCCGUGUUUAAUAAAGUGGAUGUAAAUAUUGA